AUGGCGCGGAGCCGCAAGUCGCGGAAGGGGAAGAAGGAGUGGCGGCGGAACAUCAGCACGGCGGACCACGACAAGUUCCUCGAGGAGAAGGGCCGCGACGAGCGCAGCGGCGGCGCGCUUGACGCCGUUCCCAGCGAAAACAUCUUCUUCGUCGAUAAGUCCAAAGUUGCGCCCAAGCUGCGCAAGGUGGACAAGUGGCGCGCGCGCGAGUCACACGCUGACGCCAUCCUUAAACGCAGCUCGCUCGUUCCGCCGCUCGUUCCCGAACCCUCCCCGGCGCGCGCCAAAAGCAGCGUUAAACCCUCCGAAAAACUCGCUGAUAAACCCUCGGAUAAACCCGCAAAUGCAUCUGCGGAUAAGCCCGCGGAUAGCGCUGGGGUUGCGCUGGCGCCCGCAGAAAGAGGGGGAGGGGGAGGGGGAGGGGCAGAGGAGAGUGGGGACGGCGGCGGAGGGGAAAUCGUUGCAGCAGCAAGUGGGGAAGGGGCUAUGGCUAUCGUUCAGAGUGCCGGCACGAGUUCUGGCGGGAAAGAAAUUGUUGCGGCGGAUUCAGGGGUUGCAGGAGGAAAGAGGCGCGCCAAGAAGGCAAGGAAGAACUCUCAGAAGCCACUUUUCGAUCUGUGGGCGGAUGAAGAUCUAGCUGGCAACCGCCGUGGUGUUCGCGCUACGGACAAGGCAACACCAGGGGGAGGAGGGGAGGUGGAAGAGCGAGUGAGGAGGAGAGGCGAUGGGAAGAUGAUAGGCGGCAAGGAGGAGAGGAACAAGCCAGGGUCUUCGAUUCCUGCAGUCGAGAUUGACGCUCCUGGGUGCUCCUUCAACCCCUCUAUCGAAGAGCAUCAGGAUGCCAUCGCAGUGGCAGUGGCAGAGGAAUUAAAGGAGAGCUACCAGGCAGCACUGGCGCCCACACUGCUUCCCUUCAUUCCACCUUUGCCCUUGUUCCCCCCGUUUUUAUUCCCCUCAGGAUGCCAUUGCAGUGGCAGUGGCGGAGGAAUUAAAGGAGAGCUACCAGGCAGCACUGGCGCCCACACCGCCGCAGCUGAUGGUGUCGCGGGCAGAGGAGGAGGAAGCACGGAUGCAGGAGGCAGCGGUGAGAAUGGGUGGUGUGGAAUGUGUGCUCGCCCCCACACCGUCGCAGCUGAUGGUGUCACGAGCAGAGGAGGAAGCACGGAUGCAGGAGGCAGCGGUGAGUUUAAGGAGGUGGAGUGCGGUGGAGUGAGGUACAGUGCUAUGGUCACUUUGAUAUGCUGCUUCUUGCCUCUCUGCCUCCCCUCUCUCUCUCCUUCGCCCCUUCCCCUCCUUCCCUUCUCUUUCUCUUUCUCUUCUGUUGCUUCUUGCCUCUCUGCCUUCCUCCCCUCCCUCUACUUUUCCCUUGCAUCUCCUUCCGAGGUGACUUAUGAGGAUUUCUUUCUGACUCAAGGAGAGGAAGAUGAAGAGGAGGAGGAGGAAGAGGAGGAUGAGGAUGGCAACACUGCUGCUGUCACCAAUCGACUCAAAACCGCGUGUAAUGAGUCUGCUUUUGAGUCGACUCAAAAGUCACCUCAGGAUGGCAACACUGCUGCUGUCACCAAGCACAGAGUGCCAAAGCGUCUCACCAGGGCGGAUCUGAACCGGCGCAUGCGGCACAAAUUGGUGGAAGCAGAACUGGCAAAGCGGAGGAAACUGAAGGCGAUGCGGAAGGAUCUAGACCGGUUGAAGGAUUUGCAGAGGGAGCUGGAGGAGGAGAGGGAGGAGGCGGAGAAGAGGAGGGUGAGGAGGGAGAUUGCACGGGUGGAACUGAGGAUGAAGCGAGCACCCAGGCUGGGGAGACAUAAGUUCAAGCCAGAACCAAUGAGUGUGCUCACGUCAGAUCAAGUCACCGGGUCGCUCAGGCAACUUAAGCAAGCAGUCCCUAACGAGGAAGAGGAGGGUGGUGGAGCAGGGCAAUCGGGGAGCAAGGGAGCGGGAGAUGCACGCUGA